AUGAAGAGUAGGCCAUUGAACACCGUCGGCGGGAUCAGGAAAGUUGAGAACAUUGCCAUCAAAGAAGAGAAUGUUCAAGUGGAAGAGGAAUAUCUCGACUAUGAGCAACUGGAAGAGAGUGGCGCAAAUGAACAACCGGAAAGCGGCUCCCCGAAGCAUGAGAACUCCGGAUAUGAAAGUACACUAGAUGCAGUGGAAAGCGACGAUGAAGAUUGGCAGCCCAAUAGGGAUGACAGAGAGGACGAUGAGCCUCUCGUGAAGGAGCACGCGAAAGUGAAGAACAGUGAAGGCAAAAAGGUCACUAGGAGGAAACGUAAACGGCGCAAUCCGGAUGAUCCUCCGCUGAAACCGGGCCGUAAGCGGAUAAGAGUGAGGGAUCCGAAUCGUCCCCGAUUGCACGACCACAAGUGUUACAUUUGUAAAAGUGAGCCUCACGUAACGGCUGAAGCUCUGAUUGCUCACCUGAACGAAAGUCAUGCGGAUAUAGUACCGUACACGUGUACCGAGUGUGUAACGGAUACGGUGGUUAUCAGAAGAGUAGAAGGCGUCAACUUCCACAAACGACAGCAUUUGAAUCCGGAAAAGUGUCCAUACUGUGACAAACGAUACUCCAGCAAGAACAAUGUCGAUUUGCACGUUCAGCUGCACCACGUAGGGGAGGGUGAUGUUCCUGUGGUUCCAUCCACUUGUGAGUAUUGUGGCAAGGUUUUCCCCUCGAAGGCAGCCCUGUUGACCCACGUCCGAAUACACACAUCUGCGGUGUCCUGCGAGGUGUGCGGGAAGGUCUUUGUGCAGCGGAACAAGCUUCGGUUGCACAUUGAACGCCGACACGAGAAGCUUAAAAACUACGAAUGCCACAUCUGUAAGAAGAAAUUGACCUCCCUGGGCGCCGUGGCAAGUCACAUCAAAACCUUCCAUACCAAUCAGAUAUUCAAGUGCAGUUACUGCCCGAAGACGUACACGUCGGAGUUGACCCACAGGUAUCACGAGAAGAAGCACACCGAAAACCAGGACUAUGUGGCGGCGAAGGACUGGAAGGAAUACUACGUCGUCCUGGACGGGGAACAAGGCAAGAAGGACAAGCUGAAGAAGUGCAACAUAUGUGGGUUCGUCACGAGAGGCAUGGGAACUCACCUGUCCACGAUUCAUUUCCCCACGGAGUACCGCUGCAAGCAGUGUGGAAUGACCUUCAAGCGCAAGCAACCCUUCGACAUUCACGUACAGGAGCACGAGUACGGUAAGGCCCAUCAUUGCCCGAUUUGUGGGCGGGAAUUUUCCGAACGGAAGAAUCUGCUGACGCAUCUGCGCACCAAAAAGCACAAGGAUCAUCCGCUGGCGCAGGCGGUGCUCAGGACUGUCCGGCCGACUUCCGGGCCCAGACCAAAGGAAAUUAGCUCGGACGUUCCGAUGAAGGAGGAGUCCCAGAUUGAGCUGGAAGUGGGCAAUGAUAGUUUCAUGUAG